UUCACUUGAGGAACCCCGAUUUCAAAGGAUCGUCCACAAACGAAUGUCGGAUGUAAAACUUGCAGCGGAAAGUCACCUAUCCAUUUUAGAAACUAAAUGAAGAUGCAGGGUUUACGAUAUUUGCUCCUCCUGAUGUCCAUCAAUUUUGCUACUUCAGUUGGGCUUUGCGAUGGGAAAUCUUUAGGUGAAAUCGCCAGUUUGGAAGACACAAUGUUCAUUCAAGCAGAAGAACAAAGCCUUGAGGAACAACAUGACUUUAACUCCAAAUUGGAGAACUAUUUGGGCUUCAUGAAGGAAGAUUUUUUGAGGAAGCUGAAUUUAUCAGGCGUGCCGCAAGAACAACGAAAGGUUCAGCCUCCUCAGUUCAUGAUCGAACUCUAUAAUAAAUAUGCUUCUGACAAGACUUCCAUCCCUCGGUCGGAUGUCAUCCGAAGCUUCGUCAUACAGGAUGUUAUUUAUUCCAUUAGACAGGGCAACAAAACACAACACAGACUGCUAUUCAACAUUUCCAUCCCAAAUCAUGAAGAGAUCACAUCAGUCCAGCUGAGGCUGUUCACUCUCUGGGAAAGAAGUAAAAACACCUGCACUGACCUCUUCACAUCCAUCAAUGUUUAUGAUGUAGAUUGCGAGCAGAAUGCAAACAUGUUAAAUCUUCUAGAUGGGAGAGACGUAACUGAGGGCGAAAACACUUGGGAGGCUUUUGACGUGACCAGAGCUGUCAGGAGCUGGCACGAAUCUGGACGUGGGGUCGGCGAACUUCAGGUGGAGAUCGAACAAGACUGUGAAUCCCUUGAUAUAAGCCUGGGUUUGGAGGACAACAGCUCGGCAGUCGUAAUAGUAUUUUCAAAUGAUCUCGGGAACAGAAAGGGAGAGUCAAUGAAAGAGGUAAAAGAGAUGCUUCUUCAUGAGAAGCAGCGGGUGUUUUGGGGCAAUCAUGUUCCUGUGAACCAGCACUACAGGAAGAAGAGGAAAGUAACAAACAAUUACUGUCAGAGAACUUCUCUGAAGGUGAACUUCAAAGACAUCGGAUGGGAUAAAUGGAUCGUGGCCCCGCCCGAGUAUGACGCUUACGAGUGUAAAGGCGUGUGUUAUUUCCCCCUGACAGAUGAUGUAACCCCCUCUAAACAUGCAAUCAUCCAAACUCUGGUUAACCUGAGCAAUCCCAAAAAGGCAAACAUGGCAUGUUGCGUCCCAACCAAGCUGGAUCCAAUUGCAGUCAUGUACCAAGAAAAGGGUGUUAUCACGGUCCGACACCUCUACGAGGAGAUGAAAGUAGCAAAGUGUGGAUGUAGGUAGUUUUGCCUGCUUAUCCAUGCAUCUGUAUAAAAUAUCUUUGCAACAGUAUUUGUUUUAUCAUUCCCAUCUGUGAAAUAUACUCUUAGAAAUAAUAGUUCUAAAAGGGGUUUGUAGCAAUGCAACAAAAGAACCAUAUUGUGUUCCCCAUAUUGGGAACCAUUUUCUCCUUAUGGUGAAGAACAUUUUAAUAAUCAGAAGAACCUUUUUCCACUAUGCUCUUAAAAGCAAAGAA